UCCAUCCAUCGCCGUCGCGGCCACAGCGAAUCCACCCCCACCACCUUUAUAAACGCCGCUCUCUCCCUCCCUCCUUCCUCCCACCCUGGCAUCAUCCCCCACCCGCCUCCUCUCCUCUCCUCUCUGCCUCUGCCUCUCUCCACGCGCCGCGCCGGAGAGCGGGCACGCAUAGCGCCGGCGGUCGCAAUGGAGGAGAGAGUUGUCAUCCCCCGGCGCCGGGAACCGCAAGACCAGGAUCAGGCCGUCGAUGUCGACGACGCUGCGGGUGCGGCCGCGGCCCCGGCGGUCUCGUGUUCGUCGGGGGAGGAGUCCACGGACGGGGAGUUCGAGUUCGAGUUCCCGUCGUUGCUCGGCAUCGGAAGGGACCACGGCUCUCCCGCGCCGGCCGACGACCUCUUCGCAGACGGCCGCAUCCGCCCCGUCGCCUUCUACCCCGUCUUCGGCCGACGCCCGUCAAGCUCAGCGGGGGACGUCGGCCUCGCCCCGGCGCCGGCGCCGGCGCCGGAGCGAAGGACGAGGGGGCAGCUCGGGCGGCUCUUCCUCGAGGAGUCCCGCGCGUGGAACAGCUCCUCGUCGAGCAGCACGGGGUCCACGGCGUCGUCGUCGUCCGCGGCCACCACUGAAGACGGGGACGGGGACGGCGGCCUCGAGGGCGCCGCGCCGGAGAGCUACUGCGUGUGGGCGCCGGGCGGCGGCAAGCCGUCGGAGUCGCCACGGGCCGGGAAGAGCAGGUCCACGGGGUCGUCCGUGGCGCGGUGGCGCCGCAUCAGCAACCUCGUUGUCGGCCGCAGCCAGAGCGACGGCAAGGAGAAGUUCCUCUUCCUCCCCGUCAACCCGCACCCGCCGCCCAAGCCCAAGCAGCAGGAGCACGAGCCCAGGCCGAGGGCGAGGCCGCCGACGACGAACCUGGAUGCCGGCGGCACCAAGAAGAAGGGCAGCGAGAUCGGCACGGUGGCCGCCGCCCACCGGAUGGCCUACGGCGGCGGCAACGGAGCCACGCCGCGGCGCACGUUCCUGCCGUACCGCGAGGAGCUGGUGGGGUUCUUCGCCAACGUCAACGGCAUCAGCCGGGGCCACGCGCACCCCUACUGAUCAACGACCCACCACCACGACGACGACGACGACGGUCGGCCGCGCGCGAGAUUAUUAUAAAUUCGGCGAUUCGAAUCCCAUUCGUGCUUGAACUUUGAAGCUUGGUUUUUUUUUUUUGAGCUGGUGAUCAUCGGUGGGUUGAGUAGGUAGGUUAAUACUAGUAAUACUGUGAUUAAUUGAUCGAUUAGUUGAACAGAA